AUGCUGCAUAAUCACGUGACCUCCAAGGGACUAUCACGUGAUGCUUGCGAUCUGGUUGGGGACAAGAAACGAGUGUGGUUUCGGUGGAAAGCCGGUUUUUCUGCUUAUUUCAGGGCCUUCUUGAGCUUGGAGAAAAACCCCUUCUUCUUCUCGGCCUUGACCUCCACCUUCUUCUCUGGUUUCGCAGCCUUGACAGGAGCAGCAGCUGGGGUCUUUUCGGUGACGGUGUCGUCUGUGGCAGCGGUAGUUGGGGCAGAAGUAGCAGCAGCGUCCUCGGUGGAUGCCUUCUUCACAAGCUUGGUGACCUUCUUGACCUUCUUGGAACCGGCAGAUGCAGGAAUUGACUCAGACUCCUCGACGUUUAGAGUCUUAGGGUCAACAUCGCUCACUUCCUUGAACUCCUUGAUGUCUUCCGCGUUCUCGGGAACAACUGGGGCAGCUGUGGUGGUUACCUCAGCUUCCUUGGUGGCCGAUUCCUCGGCCUCCUGGUUCAAAACUUUGGGGUCCAGGGUGUUCACCUGCUUAAAUGCCUCGAUUUUUUCAGCAUCUUGUGGAAUGACGAUGCCGGGUUCACCCAAAGUCGUCUGCUUGUUCUCUUCGGAGGGCAAGACGGUGGUCUUGAGAUCUUCCUUGGGUUCUUCAACGGCCUUUGGCUCCUCAACCUUUGGCUCCUCAACCUUUGGCUCCUCAGCAGACUUGCCAGUGACGGCAGCAACAACUCCCCCGAGACCAACAGCACCAGCUACAGCAGCCAGACCACCAGCCUCUGGAAUCUUUGAUUCUGUUGACGAUGCGCUAACGAAAUCCUCUGGGUAG